AUGCAGAGCUGGAUCUCCCCCGCGGCGCCGCCCGGGACGCCCAACCUUUCCGCCGAGCCCAGCAUCAUGGCCGAGUACCUCUUCUUUCCCUUUUAUGACUACGUCGUGCAGUUCUACCCACAGUCGUGGGUGCCCAACAAGGUCACCUUGGUCGGCAUCUUCUCCACCAUCUCCGCGUCCGCUCUGCUUCUCAGCUCCAUGCCGGCGGGGUCGCAGUUCCAGCCCAGUAGGAUGCAGCUGCUGCCCGCCUCCCUCGUCGAGGACGCAGCGAUGCUGCCAAUGCCCCCGCUGUCCCCGACAGAGAUGACGCCGAUCCUGUCAUUCAUAUCGCCCUCCCUUAUGCUCAUCCUGUGCGGGUCGCUAAACCUGCUCUACUGCGUAGCCGACAACACGGACGGCCGCCUCGCUCGGCGCGACAAGAAGGCCAGCUCCAUUGGCGAGUAUCUUGAUCACGGGCUCGACUGUGUUACAUCACUCCUGUCGACGUGCUGCGUCUUCGCGCUGCUCGGGUCACUCUGCAACAUGGCCACCUCCGUCUGCCUGAUUGCCUUCGUCACGGUGCUCUCCCACACACUGCAUUUCGAGAAGAACAUCUUUAUAUGGGGCAACCGAAUCGCCACCGUCGAUGAGGCAAUGAUCCUCUUCAGCGUGUGCAUGUGGUGGCCGCUCGUAUGCCCAACGGUAAGCACCGUCACGGUGCCGGGGUGGAUCCUCGAGGGCAUAUUUGAUCCGAAUAGUAACUGGACCGCCUACCUGCGCCGGCUGCGUAUGAUUGAGCUCCUCUACGUCUUCUGCAGCGUAGCGCAGACGCAUACGAUCCUCAGCAUGGCGAGGCAGUGCUGGAGCAUGCUGUGCCGCAUCCACGUCAUCUUCAACGUGCUGAACAGUGCUUUUCUCCUGCUGCUGAUGGGAGUGCACAGCGAGCACAUUGCCGCCGCCGCGCCAGUCACGUCGGUGCCUGGGUACACACUGGGUCCCUUCACGUACCCUGCUCUGUGGAUCAUUACGAUUGCCUGCACCUCGAGCACGAUCAUCCACAUCCCCAUCGUGGCACGCUGCGCUCACCGGCCUACCACCGACCCGUUGCCGCUGGCGGGUGUGAUGUUGGUGUGGUUCACCUUUGCUUCCUGUCCAGUUGCCGGCGCCAUUCUCGCUGUGGUCCUCCACGUUGGGCAGCUGUUUCUGAACGUGAAUUUUAUCCAGCGGCACGCGCGUAGCAACGGUGCGGAGUAA